GACGGAAGGGAAUUUCCGAGACAACGUGUUCUUUUCUCUUGGUACUUCUUUGAGUAAACGGUAUAAUCGAAGGCAAAUAUGGUCCAAAAGAAGCCGAAGAAGAAAGUAGGAAAGAAGAUAGCUGCAGCCCCAUUGGCAGUUAAGAAGGUCGAGCCCAAGAAACAAACAAAUCCACUUUUUGAAAAACGUACAAGAAACUUUGGCAUUGGCCAAGAUAUUCAACCCGACAGAGAUCUAAGUCGUUUUGUUAAAUGGCCAAAGUAUAUUCGUAUUCAAAGACAAAAAGCGGUUCUUUCAAAACGAUUAAAGGUUCCUCCACCCAUUAAUCAAUUUACACAAACCCUUGAUAAACAAACUGCUACACAGUUGUUCAAAAUUUUGGAAAAAUAUCGUCCAGAAACAGCUCUUGUUAAGAAAAUAAGGCUAAAAGCAAGAGCAGAGGAAAAAGUAGUUAAGAAGGAAGAUACGCCAACUAAGCGACCCAAUGUUCUAAAAAGUGGAAGUAAUACAGUUACGACUUUGGUCGAACAGAAAAAAGCUCAACUGGUUAUCAUCGCACAUGAUGUCGACCCUAUCGAAAUUGUUCUGUUUUUACCAGCUCUUUGCCGUAAAAUGGGUGUGCCGUACUGUAUUGUAAAAGGCAAAGCUCGUUUGGGUCGUCUUGUAAGAAGGAAAACGUGCAGUACUGUCGCUCUAUCGCAGGUUGAUUCGGGAGAUAGAGCAAACUUUACCAAGGUUGUCGAGGCCAUCAAAGUUAACUUUAAUGAUCGUUACGAUGAGAUCAGACGUCAUUGGGGAGGUGGUUUACUGGGUAGUAAAUCAGCUGCUAGGAUAGCCAAAUUGGAGAAAGCAAAGGCAAAGGAACUUGCACAGAAGCAAGGUUAAUUUUAAGUUGUCUAUGAUUUUUAUUAAAAAAUGUACAACAAUCUAUUAAUAAAAACAGACAAUUCUGGUAAAUUCA